UUGGGCUCUUAGGAUAAAUGGAAAACUGUUUCAACAACUUGCGUCAGUUGAAAAUUAUACUUUGUUCGCUAAACACGCGCACAAAUAACAUAGCAGAUACUUUUGCAUUUUAGUUUCCAAUCAUUAAAAUGGCUCCACGCAACAAGGAACAGGAACAGGAAGUCCUCAACUGGGUCUUCGAGGUGAUUGGCGAGAAGGUGCCCAGCGGACAGUAUGAGGAUAUUCUUAAGGACGGCAUCUGGCUGUGCAAGUUGGCCAAUAAGCUGGCCCCAGGCUCCGUGAAGAAGAUCCAGGAGCGUGGCACCAAUUUCCAACUGAUGGAGAACAUCCAGCGCUUCCAGGCGGCGGUCAAGAAGUACGGUGUGCCCGAGGAGGAAAUCUUCCAAACUGCCGAUUUGUUCGAGCGUCGCAAUAUUCCACAAGUCACCCUAUCGCUUUAUGCCCUGGGUCGCAUUACGCAAAAGCAUCCCGAGUACACUGGCCCCACUCUGGGUCCCAAGAUGGCUGACAAGAACGAGCGCGUCUUCACCGAAGAACAGCUGCGUGCUCAUGAGGGUGAACUCAACCUGCAGAUGGGCUACAACAAGGGCGCCUCCCAAUCCGGCCAUGGUGGCUUCAGCAACACGCGUCACAUGUGAGCUGGCAGUUAACACCCUCCAACAUACACACACACACACCCACACGCACACACACACUCAGCCGAGUACACCAAAAAACAAUUAGUUAAAGCAAA